CGCGCUCCGACCUCCGCCCGCGCCGGGUCUCGCGCAUGGACAUGGCGGCGGCCGCGGCCAGCGGCGAACGGAGCCGGCCGGAGCCGGCGGAGCAGCGGGCGGAACUGGGGCCGCUCCUGGCCACGGCCCUCCGGCCCGGCGAGUCCUGGUACCUGGUGGAGAGCCGGUGGUUCAAGCAGUGGAAGAAGUAUGUGGGCUUCGACAGCUGGGACAUGUUCGGCGCCGGCGAUCCCAACCUCUUUCCGGGCCCCGUCGACAACGCGGGCCUGUUCCCGGGGCCCAUCGACAACUCGGGCCUGUUCGGCGAUCCAGAAACUCAGAGUUUAAAAGAACACCUGAUUGAUGAGCUGGAUUACGUGUUGGUGCCCACCGAAGCCUGGAACAAACUAGUAGCAUGGUAUGGCUGCAUAGACGGGCAGCAGCCUAUUGUGAGGAAAGUGGUGGAGUACGGGCUCUUUGUGAAGCACUAUAAGGUUGAGGUUUAUCUUCUGGAGCUGAAGCUGUGUGAGAGCAGCGAUCCUGACAAUGUCAUCAGCUGCCACUUCAGCAAGGCAGAUACUGUUGCUACCAUCGAGAAGGAAAUGAGAAAACUAUUUAACAUCCCAGCUGAGAAAGAAACCAGGCUAUGGAACAGGUAUAUGAGUAACACUUACGAGCAGCUCAGCAAGCUGGAUAGCACAGUGCAAGAUGCAGGACUCUAUCAGGGUCAGGUUGUUUUAAUAGAAGUGAAAAAUGAAGAUGGCACGUGGCCUGGACAGCAUUGCCUAGCAAAAUCAAGCACUGCAACUAGCAGAAACUUUACUACCUCUUCAAAAUCAUCAGCAAGUUCUUAUUCCUCAGUGUCUGSCACUUCUGUCAUUACUAAUGGUGAUAGCAGUAACUCCUAUGGACUGAACAGCUCCCACCUGGGCAGGGGAGGUUCUGGGUUUGUCUGUAACUCUUACAACUGCAGGGACAGUGCUUCCCUGUCACAGCCUGGRCUCUGUGGACUCAGUAAUCUUGGAAACACCUGCUUCAUGAAUUCUGCAUUACAGUGCCUGAGCAAUACUCCUCCUCUGACUGACUAUUUCCUGGAAGAUAAAUAUGAAGCUGAAAUAAAUCAGAACAACCCCCUGGGGAUGAGGGGAGAGAUUGCAGAAGCCUAUGCAGAUCUCAUUAAACAGAUGUGGUCAGGGAGACAGUCUCACGUGGCCCCACGAAUGUUUAAAACACAGGUUGGGCGAUUUGCUCCUCAGUUUUCAGGAUACCAGCAGCAGGAUUCCCAGGAGCUCUUGGCUUUUCUCCUAGAUGGCUUGCAUGAGGAUUUAAACAGAGUGAAGAAGAAGCCCUACUUGGAGCUGAAGGAUGCCAAUGGCAGACCGGAUUCGGAGGUGGCAAAAGAGGCAUGGGAGAAUCAUAGGCUGAGGAAUGAUUCCAUCAUUGUGGAUAUUUUUCAUGGCCUUUUCAAGUCUACCCUUGUUUGUCCCAAAUGCUCUAAAGUUUCUGUGACCUUUGAUCCCUUCUGUUACUUAACUCUCCCGCUGCCCUUGAGGAGGGAUCGUCUCAUGGAAGUUACCCUGGUGUAUGCAGACCCACAGCGCAGGCCUGUCCAGUAUCGGCUUGUKGUGCCAAUGAUGGGGGCCAUCUCGGAUCUGUGUGAAUCACUUUCCAAACUCUCUGGUGUUCCUGCAGAAAAUAUGGUGGUGACAGAUGUGUAUAAUCACCGAUUCCACAAAAUCUUCCAAAUGGAUGAAGGUUUAAAUCAUAUCAUGCCAAAAGACGACAUCUUUGUGUAUGAAGUUAGCAAGCCAARUGAGGAUGGCUCGGAGUAUAUUACGCUCUCCAUUUACUUUCGGGAAAAGACAAUGAGGCAAUCCAGCAAUACUUCAGGGACUGUGCUCUUUGGGCAGCCACUGUUAAUAUCUGUGCCCAAACACAAACUCACCGUGGAUCACCUGUACAGUGUGGUUUUGGAGCAGAUCAGCCGCUAUGUGAAACUCCCUCUGGCAGAAGAAUACUCUCCGUCCUGCCCAGACAGAGGAACCUGCAAUGGCUCCAAUGGUGUAGUUGAAGGAGACAUUGAAGAGAUGGAGCAUCAGGAUGGUGGAGAGGAAGGCAAGGAAAAGCUGACAGAAGUUGAUCCCUGCCAUUCUGAGGGUUGUAUGCAUGUGGAGUCAGCAAGAGACCUGCAGUCUUGCAAGAAACAGCAUUUCACUUUUAGCCUUGUGAAUUCCUCUGGGACCUCGGAGAUAAACUCCAUUGUUGAAGGAAAAAUCUUAAAACUGAAUGCUUUUUCUGCAGUUGCUGUUGACUGGGAUUCUGAGACACGGAGGCUCCUUUAUGAUGAACAGGAGGCACAGGCAUUUGAAAAACAUGGAAGCAUGCUACAACCACAGAAGAAGAAGGCUGUAGUAGCCCUCAGAGACUGCAUAGAGCUCUUCACUACUAUGGAAACACUUGGUGAACAUGACCCAUGGUACUGCCCUAACUGUAAGAAACAUCAACAGGCCACAAAGAAGUUUGAUUUGUGGUCUUUGCCCAGGAUUUUGGUGGUACAUUUGAARCGCUUCUCAUACAGCAGAUACUGGAGGGAUAAACUUGACACUGUUGUGGAAUUCCCUAUCAGGGGUUUGAACAUGUCUGAGUUUGUCUGCGACCCGAGAGCUGGCUCAUAUGUGUAUGACCUCAUUGCAGUUUCCAAUCACUAUGGAGCCAUGGGAGUGGGCCACUACACUGCCUAYGCAAAGAACAAAGUGAAUGACAAGUGGUACUACUUUGAUGACAGCAGUGUCUCGGUGGCUUCAGAAGACCAAAUAGUGACAAAAGCUGCGUAUGUGCUGUUUUAUCAGCGCCGGAACAGCGAGGAACAUUCUGCCCCCUCUCCUCCCCAAGAAGAGUGUGAUGGCAUGGACACCAACUAAGCACCACUUCCAGCACUCUGCCACUGUGGUAGUGGUUGCUUUUGUAAAGCAAUGCCUGAGGCACCUGAAAAAAUUUCUUCCUUCUGUAGGGGUUAAGCAGAAAAUCAGGCACUGAAAGAUUCAGUGUUGAGGGUUGCAGAAUAGCACUGAAGAGCCAGGAAUAGGUGCUGACAUUUGGGUAUUUAGAGGCCAAAAAUAAUAUAUAUUGGAGCUUCAAUAAAGUUCUUUUUAAAAUCUG